UCUAUCACUGAAAACUGUUUCCACCGCUAGUCUUAUCGCCGAACAUGUCUUUCACCACAGACGCAGCCCGGUGGCGUGCCCUCACAAUCCGCGAUGCGAACGCCAACGGCCAGUUCGUCUACACAGUCAAAUCAACCAUGAUCUACUGCAAACCGACAUGCCCUGCUCGUCUCGCACGCCGCGCAAAUAUCGGGUUCUGCGGGACUGCCGCUGAAGCCGAAGCCGCGGGCUUCAGAGCGUGCAAGCGGUGCAAGCCGGAUGUAGAGUCGAACGACGACCCCCAGGAACGCGCAGUAGCGAAGGCAUGCAGUCUUAUCGAGGAAGCUCUGAAGGAAGAUGAUGCGAAGUCUUUCAGGCUGCAGGAUCUUGCGAAGAGCGUUGGACUUACCCCAAGAUACUUCCAUAAGAUCUUCAAAGACAAGACAGGAUUGACGCCGAAAGAGUACACUAAGUUCAAGAUGUCUAAAAGAGAUGGAGCCACUGUAGACCUUGCAUUGCAAGAAAGCCCCAUAGACCUAGAAGGGUCUAACUUGGACGACUUCAACUUUAACGACCUCGUGGAUUUUGAUAUGGACAUCGGGGCAAGUCUGCCGCUGGACGAUGUACAUGCGAUCACCGCACUAGAAGCGCCGGUGCCGAGCAUGUUCGGGCAAGAGGUCGAUGUGAAUAUCCAGACUCAAGCUUGGAAUGGUACAUACGGACCUGACGCUCUGUAUCCAGGAACCGGCCUCGGCAAUGACAAACUCAACUAUCGGGCUGGGAUUACACCAAUAACUGACCUCGCAAAAUUGGUAUCGGACCUUCCUAUGACGGCGGUCACGUCGACUUUUGAGCUUGAUGCGGCCUUCAUCCUCGGUGGCGACAUGUUGCUGGACCUCGAUGGCGGUAUGAUGGCCUCGCUGGUGUGAGCGGGUAGCUGGUCAAAUCAAGCGUACUGUCUAUGAGAGAAUGGCACGUCGGCAUAGCCUAUCCUGCAGGCCUCCGGAGCCUUCUCGAUGGAUGGGGAAUGAGUAUGGAGUAGUCCACGUUAGCUUAGGAGAACAAGGAGAUUAUGGCCGGCGACACUGAUGCUCUACGGUGUGGGAAGGGC